AAAGAUAUGAUCAAAUAUUUACAAAAAUGUAAGGGGUGUACUCACUUUUGUGAGAUACGAUAAGUCAAACACCUCCACUGAAAUUUUCGAGGCAAAUUGUAUUCAUUAAUUUAAAUAAACCAAUGUAAAGGCCUAAAGAGACUUAAAGGCCUAAAGAAGCUGCUAAAUUAACUGAACUCAUCAGAUUUGAACAUUUUCAAGUUAGAGAGUAUUUUAGACAGAGGCUGUGACUGAAAGUCUGAUGUAAAUUACAGUGUUCGUUUAAUUCACCCUGGGAUCAAUAGUACUGAGCAAAGGUUAACAGCUAUUGCGUGCAGGAAGCUGGACAGACAGCAAGGGAGGGAGGUUUGUUUUUAGGGGUUAUGGAGGGUAAGAGGCGGUGCGUAGGGGUGCUAGGACAAAAGCUGAAGGUAUUUAAAGGGAGGUAAAAGGAGGACUGAAACACUUUGGUUUGGUGCUAGUCAAGAUGAAGUCUUACGUGCUUCUCUUGGCCCUGCUGCAGUCUCUGGGAUGCUCAGGAAUCCCUCUGCACAACACUGAGCUGGAGUCCAUGGCAGACAGGGGUCUUGGAGCAGUUCUGGCAGAGGUCAACUCUGCAUAUGCCGUCAGCCAUCUUUACCGGAUGACUAGAGGCUCUGUCUCAAGGGUUAUCCCCGCGGGCCUGAACACCGUUGACCUGCUGAUGAAAUUUGGCGUUAAAGAGACUGAGUGUCUAAAGGCUUCCAGAAAUGACCCCCAGACAUGCGCCUUCAGACCUGGCUUCUUUGUGCCAUCCUUCUCCUGCUUCAGUCGGGUUCGAAUUUCAGCCACCUCAACCCAGGUUGUUUCUCUGAGAUGCGGCCAUGACGGGAGUUCCAGCUCAGAGUCCAGUGAGGAGAUGUUCUCAAGAGGGAGACACCAGUACAAUAUCCCGUUUGCAAAUAGAGUCCCGGCUCCUUCUGCACCUCCUCCACCCAUCCAGCCUGGUCGCUCCAUCCAGAGCCAGACAGUGGAGGUCCGGCCCAGAGGGGACGCUUUCAGCAACUUCCUGGUGUGAGAGUUCAGCUCACUCUGGAAGCAUUUCGGCGCUGUUUAAAAGAAAAAACUAAUUAAAAAACAGAAUUUGCA